AUGAGUAAAUUAUUGAGUGGACAAACUCAGUUCUGCAAGAAAGAUAAUUUGAAUAGUAAAAAGUUUAAAGACAUAAAAACAAUAAAAGUAAAAAUUUGGAAGCAAAUGAAAUAUAAAAAUGAUAUUGAGGUUUAA